AUGCUUGUUCACAAUGGGUUUGUCAAAAUAGAACAUAUUCACAUUUCCAUCGACCCCGUCAGCGCGCGAAACCCACGAUAUUGCUUUGUGGAUUUUCUUGAUAAAGAAACCGCCGACGGCGCCAUUGCAUCUUUGGUUGCCGAUAUCAGCGGGCGGCCCAUUAAAGUCAGCCCAUGCGAACCGAAGAAAAAGCGCUAUCCUCAAGCACACCGCGAGUGUGAAUUUGCUUUUGAUCGAUGGGGUGGUUGCAAAUCCACCUCUCAGGAGAAUCAGGCAGAAGGAGAGCGUGUUUAUCGCAGAGGGAUUGAGCAAAGUCCCCAAGGAGCUAUGGAUCACUUCGAUGAUUUUGUUGACUCUCUUAAGAAACGGAGGCUUUAUGUUGGGGGCUGGAUAGAAUGA